GGAUAGGUGCUUGUUGGUCCUGCUGUUCCUGAGCAAAUGUCGCUGCAAGAGUCUAUGAGAGCGUUCCAGCCCACGCCGGAGAGCCUUCCUCCUCCCGGGCCCGUAAACUAUAGACUCCGACUCCCGUCAGCUUUCCCUGUCCAUAAACAUGCUCUGAAUCCUCUUGCCUUCCUCCUUCACUCUGCACAGGUCUAUCCUAACAGGCUCGCGCUCGCGCAUCCGGAUGUUAAAUACCCUGUAUUCUAUUCUUUCUCUGUCUGGGCGCAACGGGUGCAAAACUUGGCGUAUGCUCUAAUUCAGGCUGGAAUUCGUCGAGGGGACCGUGUUGCGCGUUCUUCAUAUCUUCCAGACGCCCAUCAUGGGGUUAUGGCCGCCCAUGCUGUUAUAACGCCUAUCAACACCAGACUCACGCCGCCGGAGGUCGCCUACAUUCUUGAUCACAGCGAGGCCAAAUUCAUCCUUGUCGAUCACGAGCUGGUACACCUCGUGGGGGACGCCAAGGUGCCUGUCAUCGUUUCCAACGACAGCGGACGGGCAGGAGACCCAUACGAGGAGUUCUUGAGCGCCGGAAGAAGGUUCAGCGCGGAGAGGGGAUGGCCAGGACUGGCUUGGGAAUUGGACGAAGACGCACCAGCUGCGGUAUGCUACACAUCAGGAACAACUGGACGGCCGAAGGGAGUGGUUACCACGCUCAGAGGUUCAUACCUCGCGGCUAUCGCGAACGCAUAUGAAACAGGGUGUUUUGACCCUCACGAUCCCUCGUUCCUCAACACGCUGUCGUACUGUCUUAGGAUCCUCCCAAUGUUCCAUGCGUCUGGUUGGACAUUCCCGUGGGCAACGACGUUUGCUUCCGCAUUGCAGAUCACACUCCGGACAGUCUCGUAUCCGCAUAUAUGGAAUCAUCUUUUGAACUCCGGUGUCACGCAUUAUUGUGGUGCACCGACUGUACAGAUUGGUCUUGUCAAUGCUCCCCAGGCGAGACGGCUAGGCAAACCUGUCGUUGCUAUUACUGCUGGGUCAGCGCCAACUGCACACUUGCUGGAAAUGAUGGAAGAGAAGAAUCUUAAACCGGUUCACACGUACGGACCGUUCACUAGGUGUUAUGAGCAACCGUCGUGGGCGACACUUUCCCUGCAAGAUCGCGCUAGGCAUAUGGCUCGCCAAGGAAUACCCUUCGUUACGUCUGAUGAAGCGCGUGUUGUGUACCCUGCGAAGGAGGACGAGGUCAUCGAUAUUAACUCUGAGCUAGUUGAUGUUCCGAAGGAUGGCAAGACUGUCGGCGAGGUUGUGAUUCGCGGGAACAUUGUUAUGAAGGAGUACCUUAAAGAUCCCGAGGCCACAAGAAAGGCUUUCCGAGGAGGGUAUUUUGGCACGGGUGAUCUGGCGGUUUGGUACCCGGAUGGCUAUAUUGCAAUCCAGGACAGGAGUAAGGAUAUCAUCAUUUCCGGUGGCGAGAAUGCGUCAAGUCUUGCAAUCGAACAAGAGCUUGCAAGUCAUCCGGAUGUUCUCGAAGUAUCCGUAGUGGCCAGGCCGCAUUCAAGAUGGGGAGAGCGCCCGAUGGCGUUUGUCAUUCUGCACCCACAACGCGCUCCUCAGUGGACUGGACGGCACGACGAAUUCGGUGACACGCUGAAGAAACACGCUCGUGGACGGCUCCCUGGAUUCGCAUGUCCAGAAUGGGUUCGGGUAGUAGAAGAGCUACCUAAAACGUCGACAGGGAAGAUUCAGAAAGUAGAGCUGCGCAAGAUAGUUGCGAAGCUAUGAGGCUGGGUGCAGGGCGUCAGUGUAGUACAGGGUGAGGAUACUCUGUCGUGUAUAUCUAGCGACGAUGUAUUAUCAUUGCAUACCUAUCAGACCUU